AUGCCACCAGUCGAGAAUGUAGACGAGAAAGGAUCACAGAAAUUAGGAAAUAAUAACAAUAAUGUUCUGUUUGAUCAAUCAAAAAAUGAACAAUUUUCUCCAUCGAAUGGAUUUAAAAAAUUACAAGUUCAUCUUAAAAAUUGGAAAUUGUCAAAUCAUAGAGAAGAAAUUACAACUGAGCGUCUCAUACCAUUUCGAUUAUUUGUUAUUGCAAAUCCAAGAGAAAAAUUUACUAUGGGAGAGUAUGACUCCAUUAAACGUUACAUUGAGAAUGGUGGUAGUGUGCUGAUAACAUUAAACGAAGGAGGAGAAGCGAAACAAUCAACAAAUAUAAACAUCUUUUUGAAAGAUUAUGGGGUUCAAGUAAACGAAGAUAGUGUUAUUCGAGCAGCCUAUUUUAAAUAUUUUUAUCCAAAAGAAGCGCUCAUUUUAGACGGUGUUUUAAACAGAGCUGUAGCAGAGAAUGCUUAUCAAACAGCAUCGACGACAAAUAAAAAAACUCAAAACGUUGUCGUUGAUAAAUCAAUACGAGCAAAGGUAGCUAGAUCAUUGGAAUUUGUUUAUCCAUUUGGUGCAUCGUUAAAUGUUCAACAACCAUCUGUUUCUGUAUUAUCAACAGGAUCAACAUGUAUUCCAUUUCAACGACCAAUAUGUUCAUUUUAUACAUCAGCGUCAAAAGGAGGUGGUCGUCUAUGCAUAUCUGAUUAUAAUCAAACACCUGAUCUUAUCGCAAUGUCUGAAAUGUUAAAAUGUAGUUUACAUGAUGUCGAAGAAUUACCAAAAGACGUUCGAAAACUUCUUGAUCAUCAAUUAUUCAAUUUAGACUUAUCACUUGUACCGAAAAUGAUUCGCUCUUAUGAAGAUCUUCAAGUGAAACAUGAACCAGUGUCAUUAAUUAAACCACAGUUUGAAAUACCCAUGCCGCCGUUGAAACCGGCUGUUUAUCCACCGUUGUUUCAUGAUGUUGAUCCACCGGCAUUAGAAUUAUUUGAUUUAGAAGAUUAUUUUGCAUCGGAAACAUCACGUCUAAAUCAAUUAGCAAAUAAAUGUAAUGAACAAGAUCUAGAAUUUUUUGUAAAAGAAUUUGGUAAUAUAGCUGGGAUAUCAAGUAGAAUACCGGUUGAUCAACGUGAUGCUAAACAUAUAUUAGAUUAUGUAUUAACACAAUUAUUUGAGUUUAAACGUUUAAAUGUUGAGCAUGAGAUGGAUGAUUACGAAGGAGGCAUGUAUGGAUCAAAGUUCGAUGAUCGACUGAAUUCCGACAAUUUACAAUGGAAUUCACGAGCGGUAGCUUCUUCUAACUAUGAUCGUCUAGUUGUAAAUUAA